AUUGACUUUUGUUCCUUGUUCUUAUUUAAUUUAUGUUUCACUCUUUUUGACAUAGGUCCUUUUAAAAAUAAAAAAAUGUCCACAUUUAAAGGACUUGGAGCUCCCUGUCAGAAUAAGAAACAAUAUCAUGUAACUCAAGAGGUGUCGGGCAGUUCUAGCCAUUCAACGCCAUCUCCAUCGGCUUCUUUACUAAAGCGAAGCUUGACUCCUAGCCCAGGACUUGGAUCUGGCUAUCAGAAUAACAAAUCAGGGCAUGUAACCCAAUCGAUAUUGGGCAGUUCUAGCCGUUCAACACCAUCUCCAUCCGUUUCUUCACAUGGGAGAAGGCAGCCUAUUAACACAACUAAACAGAUGCCGCAAACAAGGCAACCUCCCCAACCGCCUCCUUCACAAUAUAGUUUACCUCGAGGUCCUAGGCCAAAUAUCACACCACUAAAUAACCAACAACCAAUCAUUUCUCCAUCCCUAAACCACUAGCAACAAAGUCCUACAUUCUCUCACCAACAACAUCCUUCAACAUCACAUAUACAUGAUGAUCUAUUUGAAGACAAUGAAGAUGUGGAAGAUGAGAUCGUUGAUUGGAAACCCAAUACCUACGGUGAUCUUAAUUGGGGAGAAGAGCCAUUAGAUCCUUUCAAAUCUCUAUCAGUGGAAAAAUUUGAAAGACCCAAUGUCGGUGUAAAUGCCGCAGGAAAGAUGUAGUCACUUGGAAUAUUUCUGAGUUCAAACUUAAAGACAUCAAGGAAGGUUAUGAAAAGUAUUUACAGAAUCGUGCUUACUCCAAUAUCAUGGGUGAUAUCAGGUGAGCAUAAUGAAUGAUAUUUAUUUUUACUAGUCAAUUUAUUUAAUUAACUUGAAAUAUAAUGGUUAUCCUUAUUACACUUGAAGGGAAAAACGGCCUGUAAUAGUGAAUGACUUCACUUGGGCUGCUGUUGAAGAGUAUAAGAGGUCAACGCAAUUUCAGAGGGCAUCUGCUGCUGGUAAGAGAAAUCGUAUUGCCGGUGGGGACAAAUGCAAACAAUAUGGGGGUUCUCGAGCUGCGGUUGAUGUGGCAGCCCAAGAGUUGAGGAUUACCGGUGAACAUAUAAAUCCUGUCAAACUUUGUGAGACCUUCCAUCCAAAGAAAAGGAAGAAUGGAGAGCUAAUUGAUUAUUCUUCACAACCGAAAGUUAUG